UGAAACUUUCAUAUUUUUUUCUUUAAAGUUGUAAAUAAAUUUGUCGUUUGUAAUGGAUUAUUUUGAUGAUCAAGAAGUGAUGAAUGAUUUAAAAAUUGAAAAACUUGGUCGUUGUAUUUUUCAUCGAAGAGAUAUGUUUGAUUGGGAAAGUAGUGAAGCUAUCAAUGACGUGAUAACAUUUGUUAGUCAAAUGAAUGAAGAAAUUAAAGGGACAAUUCAAAUAGAUAAUAAUAAUAUUAAACAUACUUCAAUACCUUGGUCAUCUAAAGUAAACUUAGUUUUGGUAAUUUUACAAAAUGUAUAUGAAAGACUUAUUGAUCAUCCAUCGGAUUUGAACAAUAGAAGUGCAUUGUAUUUUUAUGAACUUCACGAUUAUAUUCGAAGUGAAGGUCAUGCGGUUAUAGUUCAAAUGUAUGGCGAUAAGGGUAAACACUUAACUGUUGAAUUACCUGUGUACUUCAAACGAAGCUUUGGUGAUCCUGAUAAAAUGCAAUAUGGAAUUGAACAUGAAUUGUCAUUUAUUAUGUUUCUAAUUGGAUUAUACAAAUUAAAUUUUUUGUCAUCUUCGGAUGGUCAAUUUACUGUAUGUUUAUUAUUUAACAGAUAUAAAUUAAAAGCAUCAAACAAUUUUGGGAAUUUUGGUUUGAGUGAUUUUCAUUUUUUAUCUUUUCUUUGGGGUAGUGGACAAUUAAUCGGAAAUAUACACAACAUUAUACCAAUUUCUAUUGAUAGUUACACUGAAGCUAAAAUACACAAAAAUAAUUAUAUUUUUAUGACUUGUUUAAAUAUGAUUCACAAUUAUGAAAAAAAAGAACCAUUCUGGAAACAUUCAUAUCAGCUAUGGAACUUGAAAGCUUUGUCAAGUUGGGAAAAGGUCAACAAAGGUCUAAUGUCUAUGUUCAAAAAAAGUAUUUUAAGUAAUUAUGAUGUUGCUAAACAUCUUUACUUUGGCGAACUUCUCAAGUUUAGAAAAGAUAUAAAUUGUUUUGAAGAACAAUUUUACAAUCGAUUAGAAGUACAAUUAAACCAAUCGAAUGCUGAAGAGGUAGAAGUCGAAUCAUGA